AUCAAAGCCAUACAAAGGGACGAAACUACAGGACUUGGAGCAAUUCAAUGAAAAAGGAGUCCUUCUCCAAUACCGUCACAAGUCCUACCAUCACGAUCGUUUGAGAAAUCGUCCAGAUGGCCAAACCUGUCCCCGAGCUACGCACACUCCAAAGGAUAUUACAGGAGACAAGUUGUGCUCCUGCAGACUAAGACUAUGUAUUCAUAGCAGUAAAAAGGCAGGUGAUCAAUCCUAUAUCUACAUCUCUUGUAAAGGAGACACCCUCCACAAAUACCAUGCCAAACCUACAGCCGAGUUACCAAUAAAAGCACACAACCUCACUGCAGAAGCUCAACAAAUAGUAUGUGCCCAACAGAAGGCAGCAGUUACAGGUACGCAAUCUCGGAAGACGCUUCUUGAGUUGAAGCAUGACUAUGUUUCUAGGUCUGCAACUCGAUCCGUCAUGAUAACUUCACCAGAAUACAUUGCAGCCAAAGCUGCCAAUGGAGCAAACUUGUCUGCCGCAGACUUUAUACAGUGGUUGCCAACCCAGGCAGGGAAUCCAGAGGUCAAUCUGCACUAUACCGUCCUAUCCUAUGAGAUGACACCAACAAAUGGAGACCUAGUUCAGGGCACUAUUAGUAAUCCAAAGGGCAGAAGGUCUAAGACAAAUCCACCGCCAAAUACUAAGACUGUGAUGAGAAACCUGACGUAUUCAAACACCCUACGAAGUCCAGUGCCUGGAGACAAACCUGUUGCUACUAGCCAUACCCCAUCUAUUUCAGCGGACACAAUUACCCAGAGGGAGGACUUGCAUGCUAUUGUACAACCUACCAAUGUUGCAAACUUAAGUGUGGUCAAACUGGUUGAAGGGAAUUCCAUGGUUUCAAGGGAUAGUAACAGAUCCCUUUUCAUUUUGGCACAGCAACAUAAGCAACAAGCCAAAGUACUAUCCCACUUCAGCCAAUCGAGACCCAAUGAAAAGGCAACACCUACGAAGGACAAGACGAGAAAACCUACUCCUCUACCAAUUCGGGAGGCCAUAGAAGCAAAAGCUAUCAAAGCAGUUUGCUCUAAGUUUGUGAGAGCCAAAGCAAUGCCUGGUGGUGUAGGGGAUACUACGAAAAAUGUAUCCAAGGCCAUUCGUCCCCAGAAAACAGGGGAUACUACAAAAAAUGCAACUGAGGUCAUUCGUCCACCAGGAUUGGAGACACCAGCCACAACCAAGCCCCCACCAAGAGGCUUGUACUCAAUUUCCAAUGUGUCAAUAGAGGAAAAAGAAAAAAAUGUGUUUGCCAGGUCAGCAGAGGUGGAAGCAGGCCUAAAGACAGUAGCUCCGAUGCAUCAAUUGAUUACAGAGGCAGAGGAGCAUAUGAAGACCCUUCAACACACUAUCCUUCUCUCCGGUAACAGAGUUAUGCUUGGUGCCGCAUGGAUGGAUGAGAAUAACGGAAGUAUUGUUCAUUGA